AUGAUCAAUUCGAUACACUCUUAUGGUUGCAAUCCAAACUCUAUCAUUGAAAAGAAGAAAAGAUCAUUUAUCAAAGGUAGCAAUAUCAUCAAUGUACUCAAAGACGGUGAUCAUGACAAUGAGGCAUUAGAGAUGAUCGCAAAAUACGGACUGCCAUGGCAGUACGUAAAACAUUACAUUGCAACCAGACAACCACCCACUUUGGAUGACUAUAUAGUUAAUAUGGCAAUUAGUCAAUAUUGUUGUCAUACCAACUCUACACUUGAAACACUUCAACCGUUGUUAAAGUGGUGUUGUUUACAAUCACCACUCUAUAUUGAAGAUCAUGUGAUGGACUGUCUGGCAUCUAAUGGUAACCUUGCCAUUCUAACCUAUCUAGAUCUAUCAUACCCAGAUAUUUAUUGUUCAACCGAUGCAUUGGAUAUAGCUUCAUCAAAUGGUUAUCUACACAUCGUUAGCUUAUCUUGUCAACAAUAG